CCCGUGAUGAGCGCGGAGGGGGCGCGCACUGGGCUCGCCGUGCACGCAGAAAGCAGCUACGCAGGAGAGAGAGGGGCAGAAGCCGAAUGGUGGAGCUGAAGAUGGCGGAUGGAGACAGCGGGAGUGAGCGCGGUGGUAGCAGCGGGGGAGGAGGAGGUGGCGGCGGCGGCUUCCAGCACUUCCAGAGGGACCAGGAGACCCAGGAGCUGGCGUCCAAGCGACUGGACAUCCAGAACAAACGCUUCUACCUGGACGUCAAGCAGAACAGCAAGGGCAGGUUCAUCAAAAUCGCCGAGGUCGGGGCCGGGGGCUCGAAGAGCCGCUUGACCCUCUCCCUGUCGGUGGCGGCGGAGUUCCGUGACUACCUCGGGGAUUUCAUCGAGCACUACGCCCAGCUCGGGCCUAGCAGCCCGGAGCAGAUAGCCCAGGCCAGCGUGGGUGAGGACGGAGGGCCCAGGCGAGCUCUCAAGAGCGAGUUUCUCGUCCGGGAAAACCGCAAAUACUACCUGGACUUGAAGGAGAACCAACGGGGGAGGUUCCUCCGGAUCCGGCAGACCGUAAACCGUGGACCUGGCUUUGGAGUUGGGGGCCCUGUGGGCGGCAUGCUGGCCGGGCAGACCAUAGCCCUCCCGGCGCAGGGGCUCAUAGAGUUCAGAGACGCCCUGGCUAAGCUCAUAGAUGACUACGGGGGUGACGACGAGGAGCUGACCGGGGGCAUGGCCGCCGGGGGCUACAGCGAGCUCCCCGAGGGCACCUCCAUCAUGGUGGACUCCAAACGGUUCUUUUUCGACGUCGGCUCCAACAAAUACGGAGUGUUCCUGCGGGUGAGCGAGGUGAAGCCCAGCUACAGGAACUCUAUCACCAUCCCGUUCAAAGCCUGGGGCAAGUUCGGCGGAGCGUUCAGCCGGUACGCCGAGGAGAUGAAGGAGAUCCAGGAGCGGCAGCGGGAUAAGAUGUACGAGAGGAGAGACGAGUCCGAGGGGGACGACGUGGACGACGACUGACCCCAGAACAGCUGACAGAUCUGCAAUAUAUAUAUAGGGGGGUAUUUUGAGGAAAAAUAAAUAAAGUGCAUGACAAAUCGUGCUGUUAUAGCCUACUAAAAAAAAAAAAAGUAUCGUGGUAAAAACAAAAAAAAAAAGUACAUGUGCAGGGAUUUAUUGGUGUAUUAUCCUGAAGUUUGUAGGGUUGGAGUGUGAUUUAAUGGAAAAAAUGAAAGUGGGGUUUUAAAAACAAAACGACAACACAAAAAAAAAAGUGUAAAAAUGAGAUUAAUCUCAUUAUUAUUAUUAUUCAAAAAAAAAAAAAAGAAGAAGGAGUUAUGCUUUAUUGUUUAAAAAAAAAUAAGAGGAAAAGAUACUAAAACCAGCAAAACUUUGGUUUUUAUAAAAACUAGAAAUGAAGCCAAUGAAUUGCUUUCCUAUCCGCAACAUAGUUUAUAUUUAAAAAAAAAAGAUAAAAGUGAGUGAGGAGUCAACGUGUUUAAGAUGUUUUCCUUCCUUCUCUAAAGGAGAGAGAACUAGAUUCAUUGUAUUUCCGGUUCCGGUCCAGGUUGAUCUCCUCGUUUGGAUUGUGUUUUUGUUUGUGUGUGUGUGUGUGUCGGGAUUCCUGCAAGUCAAAAUUUAAAAAAGAGGAAUGUAUAGAGAAGCUGGAGCUGUCAAACAAACCCAGCGUCAGGAUGGAGGAGGAUGGAGGAGGCAGUUAAUCGAACAGAUUAUCCAAAAUGUUAGAGGGAAGUUUUCAGAGAGAGAGAGAGAGGAUUAUGUUUUUAAAGCCCGCCGUGGACUAAACUUUAAAGCUUUUUGACUCCAGUAGUCAGUUACAGUGCGGAUCAGCUGGGUUUUAUGUUAUACAUACAAUCUUGGCAAAAUGUUUUUAAAACAUCAACAAAAAAAAUUUGUUUUAUUUUGGAUUGGACGAAGAUGGAAAGUGUGUUUCCUCACACCAGAGCAUCCCUGGUGUUUGAGAGCGACCACUUGGGGAUGGAGAGGACUGUUUUAGGGUCCCAACGCUCUCCACCACCAACAACCACCACCACCACCGUCACCACCACCCAAAACCAGGGACAACACAUGUAUAUGGGACUUUUUAGGUGCUCAUCUGCUCCCACGUGCCACUACAAAGGGUCCAAAUAUCUGGCAGCCGGACGGGUGGAGGCGGGGAGCGCUGCAUCAGAUGACCACGUCAAGCUUCUCUGACCUUCUCGCUCGAGAAGAGUUUCCCCGCCGCCGCCGUCAUCAUCAUCAUCAGCCUCUCUGUCCGUCGGUGGUCAGACCCUGGACAGAAACACACACUGAUGGAUGUUUUUUUUUUGUUGUUUUAAGAGAACUAUAUUGAAAUGAGAUUCUACUUAUAGGAGAAAUAUUACCGAACAAACCAGCAAAAGAUAUUUUGAAAUACUUAUAAAGGAAAAAAAUGUAUUAUGUAAAGGAAUUUCAAGACUUAUAAAAUAAAAAAAAAAGGUUAAUUUCUUAAAACAAAGUUGUGACUCAAACCUCCAGAUUAUUUUUCAUUUUGUUUUUCCUAGAGUGAAAGUAUAACACUUCCUUAAUUAAAACAACUUUAAAUG